AUGUCCACCAUCGACAACCUCAAAGACCGCACCACCCCCGUCUUCUCUCCCGACGACGUCACCGUCAUAUUCGUCCUCGGCGGCCCCGGCGCCGGCAAAGGCACCCAAUGCGAGCGCCUAGUCGCCCAAUACGGCUUCGCGCACCUCUCCGCCGGCGACCUGCUCCGCGCCGAGCAGAACCGGCCCGACAGCGAGUUCGGCGACCUGAUCCGACACUACAUCCGGAACGGGCUGAUCGUGCCGAUGGAAGUAACAAUCGCUUUACUCGAAGCCGCCAUGCGGCAAAUCCUCGACGAGCAGCCGACUUCCUCCUCCUCCUCCGGCGGCCGCAAGAAGGGUAAAUUCCUAAUCGACGGGUUCCCGCGCAAGCUCGACCAGGCGAUUAAGUUCGAGGAGGCGGUUGUGCCGGCGCGCUUCGUGCUGUUCUACGAUUGCCCCGAGGACGAGAUGGAGCGCCGCCUGUUGGAGCGCGGCAAGACGUCCGGCCGCGAGGACGACAACGCCGAGUCCAUCCGCAAGCGGUUCCGCACGUUUGUCGAGACCAGCAUGCCUGUUGUCGACUACUUCGAGAAGCAGGACCGCGUUGUCAAGGUUGACGCUCGUCGGCAGCCGGACCAGGUCUUCGAGACUACCCAGAAGGAACUUGAGAAGCGCCUCCAGAUCUGA